AUGAAGGAUCUUCAGAACCAGCUUCAGGAGUUCAAGGCUGAGCUCGCCCUCCUCCGUGUCGCUAAAGUUACCGGAGGUGCCCCUAACAAGCUCUCCAAAAUCAAGGUGGUGAGGAAAUCCAUUGCUCAGGUUCUGACAGUGAUCUCACAGAAGCAGAAACUAGCACUAAGGGAAGCAUACAAGAGCAAGAAGUUCUUGCCUCUCGAUCUCCGCCCCAAGAAGACACGUGCUAUCCGCAGACGUCUUACCAAACAUCAGGCGUCUUUGAAGACAGAGCGUGAGAAGAAGAAAGACAUGUAUUUCCCUCUGAGGAAGUAUGCUAUCAAAGUCUAGCUUCAUUCUCCGGCUUAGCUAACUAGAAAUGAUUCAUUU